GCGUACAUCGCGAUGAUGUUGGUCCUUGGAUUUCUGUGGCUCGUCUCCGAGUCAAGGCUUGUGGUGCCGCCGAAGAAUAAGCAUGGAUUUCACACCGCCGUGGAAGCUGCGUUGCACAAGGUGGACCUGACUGGCCUCUUAUUCUUUGUAGGCAUGCUCCUGGCCGUGGGGCUGAUGACCCACUGCGGCAUCCUGCGCCAGAUUGCCAGCUGGCUGAUCCGGGUUUUUGGCCAGAGCCGGGUGGCGAUGUGCUCGCUGCUCGGUCUGACGUCGGCCCUGGCCGACUCCACCUCGCUCAUCGACGAGGCGAUGGACGUGUACACCAGCCACCCCCUGGACCACCCGGUCUGGCAGCUGGCCGCCUUGGCUGGGAGCACCGGCAGCUCGCUGACGAGCUUCGGCAGCCUGGCGGGCGUGGCGCUGAUGAGCACGGAGAACGUGAGCUUCCUCUGGUACCUCCAGUGGGUUACGCCCUGGGCCGCGCUGGGCUUCUUUGCCGGCAUCGCGACCUUCCAGGCCGAGCGGUUGCUGAUCGGCUGA